AUGGAACAAAAAAUUAUGUUUCUCCUAUUUUUUAAAAUUUCUGGGUUUAUUUUUUUUUUAUCUUGUAUAAGUUAUUUUAACAAUGAUAGUAGUACGUUUAUCAAAUAUUUAGAUGAGAACUAUAAUAAUGGUAGCAAAAUAGAUAAAAAAAAUUAUAGAUUACUGGCAAAAUAUAAACAGUAUAAGAAUUACAACGAUGUAGGUUUAAAAGAUAAUAUACAAAAUAAAUGGGAGCAUCAAGAAAAAAAUAUAUAUAAUAAUAAAAAAUGGGGAAAAGGAAAAAAAAAACAGUCUAAUAGAAGUUUAUUAAAUAAGGCACAAUACUACACAGAAUUCAUAGAUUAUAAUAAUGGAAUGUUUGAUGGAAAACAUUUUCAUUUUGAAAAAAAAUGGAUAAAAAAAAAAGAUUAUGAUAAUUUUCUUGAAAAAAACAGAAGAAUUCGUGAUAUAACUUUAAAAAAAAUAAAAUUUAAAAAUUACGGAUUUGGAGUUGCAAUAUUUUUUCUUUUUUUUCUGAUAGGCACAGGAUUACCCAUAUUACGUGGAAUUGAAAUGUCCAUUAGUGAAGAAAAUAGAAAAAAGCAGCAGUUUCUUUUUGAAUUUAUAGGAAAAUUAAAAGAAAUAAUGCAAUUAGAUGAAGGAACUAUUUAUCUAAUAUUAUUUGGAGUAGUUAUAAUUAUAUUAUCGGUCAUUGUUAUAAUAGCGAUUUAUAAGAUUUUAAGAAAUAAUGAAAAAUAUAAAAAAAUUAAGUUAAUGACGGAGUAA